UCAGCCUGGGGUGGGAGACGACUCUGUCACCUGCCCUCUUGGCAGUCUCCAGAGUGACCCUCAGCCUGGCCCACAAGCAUGGAUGCCUCUGAGGAUCCUAAGCAGUGCCCUGCCAGGGGGUCAUGCCCAGUGUUCCUGGCCAUGAGCUCAGGAGUUGUCCGUUAUGCUCCAUCAAGCUUGUGCCCUGCAACCGAGAGGAACUUGGGAGAGGAAUCCUGGGACACAGACAGCCCACCCCAACCAGAUGAAGGCCUCCAGGUCUCCUGGAGGAAUGUAGGCUCUUGCAAAGGCCACAGGGAGUCCCCAGGAGGCCUGGUGGAGGCCUGUACAGCGGAGGAGGCCCAAGGUGAGGAGAGCCCUGCAGCUGCCCAGCUGGUCGUAUCUCGCCUGCGCAGCUCCUCCAUGGAGAUCCGAGAGAAGGGUUCUGAGUUCCUGAAGGAAGAGCUCCACAAAGCCCAGAAGGAGCUCAAGCUGAAGGACGAGGAGUGUGAGCGGCUAUGCCGGGUGCGCGAGCAGCUGGAGCAGGAGCUGGAGGAGCUCACGGCCAGCCUAUUCGAGGAAGCCCAUAAGAUGGUUCGGGAAGCCAACGUGAAGCAGGCAGCCGCGGAAAAGCAGCUGAAGGAGGCCUGGGGCAAGAUCGACAUGCUGCAGGCAGAGGUGACGGCCUUGAAGACAUUGGUCAUCACGUCUACACCAGCCUCUCCCAACCGUGAGCUCCAUCCACAGCUACUGAGCCCCACCAAGGCUGGACCACGAAAGGGCCACUCACGUCAUAAGAGCACCAGCAGCUCCUUCUGCCCCGUCGUCUGUCCCACUGCAGGGCGCAUCCCCACCCCAGACAAGGAGGGCAAGGAGUCUGGGCUGCCCCCCUUACUCUCCCUACUCCUGUGCGUGAUUCCCAGCAAGGCCAUCCACCUCACCUACGAGCCGGCCUGGCAGCUCCUGCCUGGGGAGCCGCCCGCAGCCCCCACCUCCGCUACCUCUCUGUCCCUUUCCCGACAGGUAGACACGGCUCUGUUUGCGGAGUUCCAGGCUUGGAGGGCGUCCCCCACCCUGGACAAGACCUGCCCCUUCCUGGAGAGGGUGUACCGCGAGGACGUGGGCCCCUGCCUGGACUUCACCAUGCAGGAGCUCUCGGCGCUGGUGCGGGCUGCCGUGGAGGACAACACGCUCACCAUUGAGCCCGUGGCUUCACAGACUGUGCCCACAGUGAAGAUGGCCGCGGUUGACUGUGGGAGUACCAACACGUGUGCCCUCAGUGGGCUGGCCCGCACCUGCCGACACCGCAUCCGGCUCGGGGACUCUGAGAGCCACUACUACAUCUCCCCAUGUUCUCGGGCCAGGAUCACCGCAGUGUGCAACUUCUUCACCUACACGCGCUACAUACAGCAAGGUCUUGUUCGACAGGACGUGGAGCCGAUGUUUUGGGAGAUCAUGAGGCUUCGGAAAGAGAUGUCACUGGCCAAGCUUGGCUUCUUCUCCCAGGAGGCCUAGGGCACUGCCUGGGGCUGAAGAGGGCUGGCUCUGAGCUGGAGCAAACACCUGCCUCAGGACAGAUUGGAAAACAGGGUCCUGGAGCCAGCCUCACAUUAGAAGCUGAAAAAACAGACCAAUGGCCAGUCUACGGAGGCAUCGUGAGACAUCGACCCCUUUGUCUUUCUGUUAGACUCUGCAGCCACCGAGAGAAUUUUCUAAAAGCACAAAAGACCAAGGAGCUCGGAGCCAUAUUCUGGGGCUCAGUACUGGGAGGAGACCCCUGAGCAACCAGCACCUCCUCAACUGCUACCUACCAAUGCCUUUUUUGCUGCCACAUCUUCAAAAGGGAACUUCCCUGGGGUUGCUGGAUCAUUGGACAUCCUCCACCAAAGCCUCCAAGCGCUGGGCUACCAGCGCCCCCUUGUGGCCAGCCGUCACCCUACUCCCAGAUGGCCUUCCUGUUGACUGCCCCAGUGGCAGGACCUCCCCUGCUGUUCCUCUAACCCCAGCUUGAGCGAAGUGGAGACCUGCCCCAAAGUUCUCUGGCGAGGAGUCUGGACCCCAGCUUCCCUGUCCCCACCCACCCUCUCAGCCUCUGGCUCCAGGAGGCCCGGAUCCCAAAACUGCUGGAGGACUGGGGCACUUUCCUUCCACAGGGGCCUCAGGAUGCCUCCAGCAGGGGCCCCACACGUUGGGGCUGGGUGGGGUGGGCAGGUCAUGCAGGACCUGGCCACUGCCCCACCCAUCAUAGCCCACUCAGAACCAGGCUGAGAGGUUCCGACCUAGGUACAUCCCUCACCACGCCCUGAUUUCCUUCUCAGAGGAAUGUAACAUGAUCUCUAUUUAAUAAAGGAAGGCUUUGUUGGUA